AUACCAGAAGAAGAAGAAGAAAAAGAAGAAGAAGAAGAUUUCCUCAUGGUUAGCUGCUGUCAGUGUUGUAACCUUUUCGUGCCUCUGCGAGUGAGAGGCCUACAGAUAGAACUGAACGACUGACUUCAUGUGAAUACCGAGUGCAGCGUGUUUUAGUUGUAAUGAAGGUGUUUAACUCUUUGUAAGGAAUCUGCGGCUGUGUUUCUCUUUUCGCCCUUCAAAGCUUCUGCAUCACACACGGACAGCCAUCCACACUACCAGCGUGGGCCCAUCACGGACACACACAGGUUGUGAACUAUGGCCGUCCAAGUGACUGAGUCUGACCAGAUCAAACAGUUCAAGGAGUUUUUGGGGACAUACAACAAAGUCACUGAGAACUGCUUCAUGGACUGUGUCAAAGAUUUCACUACCAGAGAUGUGAAGCCUGAGGAGUCCAGCUGCUCUGAGUCCUGCCUGCAGAAGUAUCUAAAGAUGACUCAGCGGAUCUCCAUGCGUUUCCAGGAGUAUCACAUUCAGCAGAAUGAAGCUCUUGCAGCUAAGGCAGGACUGCUGGGACAGCCUCGCUGAACUGCUCUCACACUGAAAGUAAGCAUGGUCAAACUGGUCUUGGUCCAGCAGAACCUUGUCAAAGUCGGCACAGUGAAAACUGAAACUGCUUUCGAUCAUGGUCAGCAUAAAACUGAGCCAAAGCUUGGACACCUCACAGGUCAACCGGUGCAUAAAGGCUCACCAUCAGUUCAGCAGGACGCAAAGCAAAAUCCUGAUUCUGUCUUGUCUUCUGUAGCAGAACCCACCUGGGUUUAAGAUUUAGCAUCUUGUGUGCUGAAACUGAUCUUAUAUCCUUAAAUGUGGGUAUGGGGGGCGGCUUAUAGCUUCUGAUCAGAUGUUUCAAUGUUUGCCUGAAAAUAAUAAAAUCAACAACUUCAAAAAGUUCA